AUGGCGGCCCCGCCGCCCCCCGCCGGCUCGGAGGGAGAAGGCACGCGUCCGGCCCCGCUGCAGCGCCCCCCGCCGGCUCGGAGGGAGAAGGCACGCGCCCGACCCCGCUACAGCGCCCCCCGCCGGCCCGGAGGGAGGAGGCACGCGCCCGACCCCGCUGCAGCGCCCCCCGCCGGCCCGGAGGGAGAAGGCACGCUCCCGGCCCUGCUGCAGCGCCCCCGCCGGCCCGGAGGGAGAAGGCACGCGCCCGCCGCUCACCGCAGCGCCCUCCGGCGGCCCAGAGGGAGAAGGCCCGCGCCCGGCCCCGCCGCAGCGCCUCCCGUCGGCCCGGAGGGAGAAGGAACGCGCUCGGCUCCGCUGAAGCGCCCCCCGCCGGCUCGGAGGGAGAAAGCAAGCGCCCACCGCAGCGCCCCCCGCCAGCCCGGAGGGAGAAGGCACGCGCCCGGCCCCGCUGAAGCGCCCCCUGCCGGCUCGGAGGGAGAAGAGAGAAGGCACGCGCUCGCCGCAGCGCCCCCCGCCGUCUCGGAGGAAGAAGGCACGCCUACCGCAGCGCCCCCCGCCGGCUCGGAGGGAGAAGGCACGCGCCCGGCCGCGCUGAAGCGCCCCCCGGCGGCCCGGAGGGAGAAGGCACGCCCGCCGCAGCGCCCCCCGGCGGCCCGGAGGGAGAAGGCACGCCCGCCGCAGCGCCCCCCGCCGGCCCGGAGGGAGAAGGGAGAAGGCAAGCCCGCCGCAGCGCCCCCCCGCCGGCCCGGAGGGAGAAGGGACGCGCCCGGCUCCGCUGAAGCGCCCCCCGGCGGCCCAGAGAGAGAAGGCACGCGCCCGCCGCAGCGCCCCCCGCCGGCUCAGAGGGAGAAGGCACGCGCCCGCCGCAGCGCCCCCCGGUGGCUCGGAGGGAGAAGGCCCGCGCCCGGCCCCGCUGUAGCGCCCCCCGCCGGCCCGGAGGGAGAAGGCACGCGCCCGCCGCCCGCCGCAGCGCCCCCCGCCGGCCCGGAGGGAGAAGGCACGCGCCCGCCGCUCACCGCAGCGCCCCCCGCUGGCCCGGAGGGGGAAGGCACGCGCCCGGCCCUGCUGAAGCGCCCCCCGCCGGCUCGGAGGGAGAAAGCAAGCGCCCACCGCAGCGCCCCCCGCCGGCACGGAGGGAGAAGGCACGCGCCCUGCCCCGCUGAAGCGCCCCCUGCCGGCCCGGAGGGAGAAGGGAGAAGGCAGGCGCCUGGCCCCGCUGAAGCGCCCCCCGCCGGCCCGGAGGGAGAAGGCACGCCCGUCGCUGCGACCCCCGGCGGCCCGGAGGGAGAAGGCACGCCCGCCGCAGCGCCCCCCGCUGGCCCGGAGGGGGAAGGCACGCGCCUGGCCCCGCUGAAGCGCCCCCCGCCGGCCCGGAGGGAGAAGGCACGCGCCCGCCGCCCGCCGCAGCGCCCCCCGGCGGCCCGGAGGGAGAAGGCCCGCGCCCGCCCGCCCCCGGGCCCGGUGUCAAGUACCGGCGGCGUGGGGAGCCCCCGCGGCGGGCAGGGCCGGCGGCCGGCGUUCCGGGGUCACCAUCGUCGGGGAGCAGCCGAGCGGGAGCCACCCUGA